CUCCCUGCAUGGGAAACAGAAAGUGUCCCAUCCUCAUUUGGCACUUGCAAGAUGUGGUUGAAUUCUGAAUCAGUGGAGUUACAAAUAAUGAAUAAGAAAGCAGGAGAUGGAGCAGGGAAGAAUGUACAAUAUUCUUACCAUGUGUUUGGGGUCUGUGGGCUUUCCCUGCAAUUGAGCCUGAUGCAGAUGAUGUUGCCUGAAAAACUGGUAGUGAAAAGAUGCGAAUCAGAAUCGAUUUGAAGAAUUGAAUUGAGGAAUUGAAUUCAUGAAUUGAUUCAAUGCCAGUGUGAAUGAAAUGAGGACUGGAAUCGAUUUACUAUGACAUGAUAAGGGGUCGCCCGGUGGGGAAGAGGAAAUUCACAACCUGUGUCUGCCUACCCUUCGUCCCUUGUAUGGAAAUAUGUAAAUGUGAUUGUAGUGAUGGACAGAGGGGGGGGAAAUCCUGCUGAAAAUGCUUCAAAUUGAACCAAUUGCCAAUGUGAACUACAAGUGGGUUAUUUUGAGAGACUCUCGCAGGAAACGGUUUGUCAGUGUGAUCCACAAGUGGGUUAUUUUAUUUUAUUUCACAGCAAGGAAAUGUGACGGGGCAAACAUCAUGUGAACCACACUCUGCUGCUGAACUGGUCCAUCGAUUUGGAUUUGUUUAUGUCUCUCUGACAGAGAAGGCUAAAUGUCUGGCAAACACUUCACAAAAUCCUAACAUUUGCCUGGCAUUGAGUCAGGGCAGUUAAAGCGGUCUCAAACUGGAUUAUUUCUGCAGUGCACUUUGGACCUUUGUGAGACAUUUCGGGCCGCACUCCGCUCUGGGCCCACAACAAACUCCAACUCCCAGAAUUCCAUCGCCUUGAGCCACAACAGAGUUAAAGUGGUGCCAAACCGGGCUAUUUCUCCAGUGUGGAUGCAGCCAUGUCUCACUAACGUAAGAGAGCUCUCGCGCCACAACAAAAAGGACCAGGGCCAGGAUUCCAGAGCCUGGAGCCAAAGGAGCAGUUAAAGCGGUGCCAAAGCGGAUUAUUUGUGCCGUGUGGCGGCAGGGCGCCUGCUGGCCUUUCCCUCGCAGUGCCUCGAAGGGGAGGAAGGCGGGCAGGAGAGGAGGGACGAGGGAAGAGGAGGAGGAGGAGGAGGGGGCCUGGGCUGGAUGGAGGUGGGGCUGGCUGGGCUUCUCCAAAGCGGCUGGGUAAAGAAGGCAGCCAGGCUGCAGCAGCCUUCAAGGAAAGUUGCCUCUGCUGCCUGCCUGGCGAGGAAGAGGAAGAGCAGGAGCAGGAGGAGGAAGGCUUGGGGCUCCUCUCCCCUGGCUCCGAGUACUAUUUAUUGAGAAGAGAAACUGGAACCUACAGAUCCCAGAAGAUUGUUGAAAACAAGGGAAAUACAUACAUAAGAGCCUGUAGGUUGCUGUUGUAGCACUGCUUCAGCUUAUGUAUUGGAAGAGAACAAAUACUGAACUGAAAAUUUGCAUUGCCCAGCACAUAAAACAAAGGACACAAUUGGCUAAUAAAAGAUACAUGGGACAUAUAAGCUAUUAGAGGUCAAAAGAGACAUUUCAAGAGCUGCAUAGGAUUAAUUGGAUUGUGUAGCCUUUACAACCAUGGAAGGGGAUUGUUUGAGCUGCAUGAAGUACCUAAUGUUUGUCUUCAAUUUUUUCAUAUUUCUGGGUGGUACAUGUCUACUGGGAGUAGGAAUAUGGGUCAUAGUAGAUCCCACUGGAUUCCGAGAGAUCGUGGCUACUAAUCCUCUGCUCUUCACGGGUGCAUACAUCAUGCUGGCCAUGGGAGUAAUGCUCUUCCUGCUGGGAUUCCUUGGGUGUUGUGGAGCCAUCCGUGAGAACAAAUGCCUCCUUCUCUUUUUCUUCAUGUUUAUUUUACUAAUCUUCCUAGCAGAACUCUCAGCUGCAAUCCUGGCUUUUAUCUUUAGAGAAAAUUUGACCAGAGAGUUUUUUACAAAGGAACUGAAGAAGCACUAUCAGGGGAACAAUGAGUCUGAUGUUUUCUCAUCCACUUGGAACUCAGUAAUGAUCACAUUUGGCUGCUGUGGUGUCAAUGGUCCAGAGGAUUUUGAAACUGCCCCCCGGUUCCUUCUCCUGCAUUCACACAAUGAAGUUCCUGAAGCUUGUUGCCGGCGAGAACUCCAAUCUCGCAAUGGAGCAAUCAUCAGCAAAGAGGAAUGUCUCCAAGGGAAGGAUAUGUACCAAAAUCAGCAGGGCUGCUACACUGUGAUACUUAAUUCAUUUGAGACUUAUGUGUACCUUGCAGGAGCUCUUGCCAUUGGUGUUUUAGCUAUUGAGCUUUUUGCUAUGAUUUUUGCCAUGUGCCUCUUUCGGGGGAUCCAGUAAGAAGUGUUCCAUGAGCAGCUGAGAAAUUUCCAACCACAUGAAGACAGGAAAGAGAGAAACAACUUUAUUUUUGGUUAAUAGAGUGGGGGGGAAAGGCUUGUAAUAUAUGGAUGACUAAAUGGAUUGUACUUCAGGGGCUGGAACUUUGAGGUGCUGGACACUACAUUGUCUUCUCCCACGGGAGUCCUUCAUCAGAAGCCACACACAAUGGGUUGCACUAGGAACCUGGAAAACACAGAAGAUGUGAACUCUUCUGGUCUCCAUGAAGCAGGAAGUUGCAUGGAAUUCACAUCUCUUCACACAACAGUGAUAUAUCAAUGAUGUGUUGGUGGGAAAGAGGAAGACCACCUGUUGUGAACACAAUUGAUAUUCAGCAUCCUAAGGAACUGCUCAGCCAAAGCUUUGUGACAUGUAAAGUUAGCCAAUGCUUAGGCAGCCAGGAAGAAAGAUGAUGCUUUGACACUGACUUACCAGCCCUCAGCCAAGGUGGGGGACUAAACCACCACUUGUGAAAAAUCCAAUCAAUGCAAAGGUUUCUUGAAUUAGUAGGAAAGGAUACUGCCUUCACCUGGAAUCCUACUGAAGUGAGACCUACUGUGUUGGAAAAUAAGGGGAGGGGGAUUCUUUUCAAGGCCAGGAAGGGGUCAUGUUAGAACCAGACAUUUAAUACAUAGUUUUUCUUUGUCACAGUGAGUUUCCUGUUUAGUGUUUUGUGAGAUGAGGAAAGAAUUAGGCAGUUCUUCUAUAGAUUUCCUCACCUUUGCGGUGGGGUGUGUGUGUAGUAUUAUGAUUUAGAAUUGUUGGUGCUGUCACCCAUAGGAAGAAUUCUUUUGUCUUAUUUCUUUUCUUUCUUUCUUUUUUUAAUUAAAAUUUUAGGUUGGGAAUCAUACAACCCUCUAGAUGCUGAACAUCUUCCAGCAUUCCUCACAACUGGCUAUACUGGCUAGGGCUGGUGGAAUUUACAAUUCCACAUCAGGAGGGCUAUAUGAUUCCUACCCCUACUCUAUGAAAAAGUGUUAGUCCACUUCUUCCUUGGCCUCCUACGUAUAGAGGCAGCCACCAUCCCAUGCCUUGUUUUUGCCCAUACAUCCUCCACUUUACUAGCUGCAGAGCUUUCUGACUGCGAGCUUCAUCCUCCUGUUUGCGCCAGGCCUCCAUUUCAUCCAGCUUCUUGGCAGCCACCUUCUUCUUAACUUUGUCUUCUACCAUUUUUUCAUUUUGCACCUUUCCAUUUUUCUCCUCAUGCUGAUCAAGCUUUUCCUCAAGUCGUUUCCUCCUUUUUCAUCUGUUCUACCUGCUCCUGAGCUUGCAGCGCCUUGCAAAGAUGCUCUUCACGCUUCUGCUUCAUAUUGUUGUUUCUUUUCCUUUUCCAAUUUGUUUCUGAUAUUGUUCAGCCUCUUGCUUUUUCCUGAUAUUUUCAAACCAUUGCUUCUCCUUUUUGCUUGAGGAACGGUUUUAUAGUGCUGUUUUGGCUCACAGAGCCUGAGGUUAUCAUCAGUAUUUUGUUCUUAUGCACUAUGUGCACGAAUGUCUUUAUUGAUACCUUGCUUUCAAGACAUGGAGAAGAUGGAGCCUUUUUUCUUGGUAGAGACAGCAUAUCUUCUGUGUGUUGUUCAUCAGUCUCACCACAUGCUCUCUUAUAGCUUGCUUGUCUCCCAACAUUCUUGGAUGGCUUAUGCAUCUCUUUACUCUUUUCAGAGCUGCUCACUUUGCAGUCUCCUUCUCACUGACCCUCUUCAGACUGUAUACAAUGAAGAGACAUCUGGAUGUUUUGAUUAAUCUCUUGAGAAUGAGAAGUGGCAUCUAACUCUGGCCUAGAUUCAGUUGUUUUCAUCGAUUGAAUGUACAGCAGACUGGGCUUCUCGCUGACCUUCUUGAAUAGUUGUAGUGAUGCAGGCCUUAUGAGAACAAAGGAACAUCCUUGUAGAGAAAUCAGACAGAGCCAUCUGCCAUCUGGUAUGGAUGGUUUAAUUGAUCCUGAUCAGCUCAAUUGACAUUGCAGCCAAUACAACUGACAGGGUGGUCAAAUCAAUUGACUCUUGAACCAUACAAGUCUCUUACUUUUAAAGGAAGAAAAAGCAGGUAGAGGAAAAUACAGGAUCAUUAAUUAUUGCAUGAUUGGUUAAUCCUCAACAUUUGGAUCUGGGUAUAGGUAAUAGCUAACUUUAGUAAUUAACUAGAGGAAGGAACAGCUUAUUUCUCUGUCUGGCAGGUACGAAGUUCUUCCACUUAAUCCAAUAGGCAAAAGCAAGAAUGCCUCUGGUUAAUUAGGAAGAAUUUCUCCUACACAUCCUGAUGUUUUGAUUAACCUUUUUGUAGUGAUUCAGUGGGAUCUAACUCUGGCCUAGAUUCAGAUGUUUUUUCAUCAAUUGAAUGUACGGAAGCUUGCACUCCCACAAACAGCUGAUGACCACUGGUCUGAUUUAUGCUUGAACCAAAUCUUGGCAACAGAUUUCUGGACCAUUAUUUCCCUUCUGACAUUUAGUGAGUGCUGUACAACCAGAGAGGCUCUGAAGUUCUGGGACGGCCUACCCCUUUGGCUUCAGCGUACUGAUUGACGUUUUGGUGCUCUGGGUGUCUGUGGGCUUUCACUGAAGUUCUCUAUAACUUCGAUUUCAGAAAGGCAACUUUCUUGGACCUGGACAGAUACAAUGUUGUAUGUGUGCUGGGUUAUUUACUUUCACUGGUUUUUGCAGCAGAUAUAUUUGCAAUUUUCAGCUUGGAAACUCCUUGCACCUCUUUUGUUAUUUUACUCCUCCCAUUAGAACUGAUUUCUACUAGUAGUAUCAGCUCUUACAUUAAAUGUGUACUUGCUUUAUUAAGCGAAUCAUUUGAGGACCUGGCUGACCUGAGAGCUUGAGAUCUAGUCACAUGGAAACAAGGUGAGAUGUUGUCUAUUUCCAGUUUCAUUAUGCCCAAAUCCUUUUGGUUAAUCUGUUUCGAAGAUGAUAACAAUUUACCACAUCUUUUUGACAAUCCAACAUUCUUGGAUCGCUUUUGGAUCUUUUCACUCUUUUCAGAGCUGCUCACUUCUCGCUGACCUUCUUGAGUAGUUGUAGUGAUGCCGGCCUUAUGAGAAUGAAGGAACAUCCUGAUGUUUUGAUUAAUGUAAACUGUUGGUGGUAGAGUGAUAAGGAUUCAGUCUUCUCACCACCUCCUCAGAUAGUGGGGCUUUUGAAGUAAUCACUGAGCCUGGGUGGAGGCAGGGCUUGAGUUCUCUCACCACGCUGGAGUUUUUAAUGUGAGAUGUAGUUUUCCCACAGAUCUGGCAGCAAGGAAGGAAAUGCUCCUUUUGGCUCAUUUCUAAGCUUUUGAACGUUUUGUCACAACCAUGUUAUGUGCUAAAUAUGUUGACUAUUUUCAAUUUUUGUAGCUGUUGAGUAGCUUGUUGUCUUCAUGUUUUAUUGUGCCUUUCAGCUGGGGAGUCAGGAAAUCCCCCUAAUGGGAAGGAAACCAUGGGAAACUCAUUUGCAGUUAUCCUUUCCACAAUUUCUUUUGUGAAUCUUGUGGUAUUGCUUCUGCUUGUCAGCAGUUCUUACUUAAGAAAAAGCUGAGUGGAAUGGGAUGGAAUGGAAUGGAAUAACAUACCCUAACCAAAGUCUUUCCCCCCCUCCAAAUUCAAGCUGUGGUUUUAAUAGUAUGUGAUCCACUUAGAUCCUCAAAUCUAGCUUGAAGAAACAGGCACCAGUUAGUUGACCUUGAGGGCCGAAUGAAGGCUCCAGUAGGCAUUGGAUGUCUUUCUUAGUGAGAGAUUUUGAUUCCAAUAUACUGACCAUACAACAGAUAGUAAUGCAAACUAUGACAAAUCAAGGGGACAUGCUACUCCAGGGGCAAAUGGUAAGCACUGUAUCCAACAGUAGGAUGUAGCAGCCCUAAAUCCCAUCUUGGGAGAAAGGCAUAUAUUUAUAUUCAAUAAAUAUAAAUACAGUAAGUAGGGACAUCACUUCAUGGAAAGCAGUUAAUGACUGCAGAGAGAGCAUGUUAGUGAGCAUUCAUUCCAAAAACCAUGCCUUGACGAAAACAUGAAUACCCAUCUGUUAUGAAGUAAACAAUAAGGAAAUUGUUUUAAAAGACUAUAAUGCCAAUCAUAUUGAAUAUUUGACUAAUUGAAGAAUUCAGAUGCCAACCUAAGUCUUCAUGUAGCCCUUGACAGUUUCUUUAAUUAAAGGUGUGGUUUUCAUGUUUCUUUAGUUAAGUUCUGUACAAAUUCUACAACAAGGAAAAUUUGUGACAUCCCUGGAAAAAUAGGUGUUACUUUUGAUGAUAAUGCUUUUGUUUGUUCUGUAACAAGUAUUGCCACUGAAGUUUUCACACAUAUGAAAUAUAAUCAUGACAAAUAGGUGCUUAAGAAUGACAUACGUGUAGCAGAGAACUGAAAUUUUGCUAGUGCACCUGAAAGAGCCUGAAUAAUCUAGUGUAGGAAGAAUGAGUCCAACACAACAUUGUGCGGAAGGAACCAAACCAUGGCCUUAUUAGACAAAAGUCCAAAGACAGAAGCAGAGACAUGUACCAAACCACUAUUUAGUCCAGUGUUGUUUGCUCAGGCAACAGUGGAUAUCCAAGAUUCUGUAAAGUGUGACUAGACAAACUGUGGUCCUCCAGCUGUUGGAUUCACAACACCAGCACAACCAGAGUUGAAGGAUCUUGAGAAUUGCAGUCCUACAUCAUCCAGAGGGCCACAAGUUGCCCACCCCUGCUGAAAGGAACUGAAUCUGAUAUGUUCUGCUGUGUGGAGAGUACAUGUUCAGCCACUGCGCUAUGGCUUUAUCUUAGAAUAGCAUGCUUCCUGAAAACUGAAAUGGAUCUAAUCCCACUUGGAGUGAUAAUCAGAGCAGAAAAGGGGAGAAAAGAGCUUAGGAAGUUACUUUUUAAAACAUGUUCAGUUAUAAUUGCAAGGUUCUAAAAGUAGAAAACUUUAUAGUUACUUUUUAAAAAGUCAUGCCUACCCUUUUCUCAAGAGUAACAAUUCCUAUUUUUUUUACUUUAAAAAAAUUUAAUGCUACAAGCCUGUUAGAAAUCCCCACCAGAAUCCUGCUAACCUGAUACACUGUGUAACUUUACAUAUACCUAGCUACAUAGCAGAGACUCUAAGAGACCUCUUUUACUGAAUUGUGAACACUGUUUAGAGCACCCAAUGUGCAUUGAUGCCUAUUGGGCACUUUGCUGACUCUGCUACAUAGCAAUGUAACAGCAGCCUUGCACUGGAUGCAGAUGUUGUGCAGCAGCACAAUUAUAAUUCCCACACAUGUAAGUCUACUUACAAAGGUGUAAGGCCCCAACAGAAUUCAGGCCACCUUCUCCUCAUGACUACUUCAUUGUUGCCUCCAUAUCAACAAAGCAGUACCAUCACAGCUUUGGUAGAGAAGUAUAAUUAAAAUAGUUCUACGUAAUUAUGGAAACUGUUGCUGCUGUUGCUGAGUUGUAGAGUUCCCUGUUAAUUAAUAGUUGAUUCUCUGGAGGUCUCUGUCAUAGGUGGACAAAACAAAAUUGGAGAGCUUUUGAUGACCGACAGCUAGCAACUGUGGGAAAGAACCUCAAGGGGAAGGUAUAGGAUUUUGAAUAUGAGAUUUUAAAUGUGAGACUUCAGAACUAAUGACCAGUUGCUAGUCCCAACUAUAGUACAGUCAUUGAUUCAGUGGGAUUUAUAUGUAUAUUUGCCGUGUGUGUGUGUGUGCACCUUCAAAUUUUUUCUGACUUAUAAGGACCCUAAGAGACCCAAGGGAAUAUAGUGGUUAGACAAUUCAUGCUCAGCUAUGCAGGAAACUGGCUGACUUCGGGCAAGUCACACUCUCUCAGCCUCAGGAAAGCAAUGUCAACCCUCCUUUGAAAAACUUUGCAACGACAUCCCCAUAAUAGGUUCACCUUAGAAAUACUUGAAGCCAAUAUAAAGAGCAAGUACAUUUCUAUACCACUAAUCAGUGCACUUAAGCACUCCCUAAGUGGUUUACAAUGUGUAAACUAACUGUCCCCAACCAGGGACGUAGCCGGGGGGGGGGGGUUCUUGGGGU